AUGCGCUGCUUCUCCGAGUACGGGGGCACCAACGCCGGAGUCUGGCUGCGCACAUGCUACGACGCCGACAAAGAAGAAAAGCACGCCGCGCUUUUCAAGGAAUUCGUGACGGAGUGCGAAGUUGUCGGCCCAGACGGGCUGGUGCUAGAUGACCACGAGCUCUUUGCAACGGACCUGGCCGGUAUGCUCGAGCUGUUACCAGAGCGGGUGACGUCCAGCGCGGGGGCGUACCAUGUUACAUGGCGCGAGGAGAACCUGCGCGAGAUCGAAGAAGAAGAAGAAGAGGAGGAGGAGGAGGAGAGGGAAAUGGAAGAUGAUACGCAGACGGCCGGGGACAAGAAGCGGCGCGAGAUGCUCGGCCCCAAGAAGUCGGAGCAGAAGCUUGUUCGGAAUCGUUAUAGUAUCUAUCAUGCGGCUUGCAUUGUCACUCAUGUGUUUGUGGAGGAUGAGGAGGCGCUGGAGACGGGGCUCGUGCUGCAUAUUUACUUGGAUGAUUGUGGUAAUGUUGUUCGCCAGGAGCGCGUUGAUGCCACAUCGGUUAGUAACUUCGAUGGGCUCUGGUUUGAUGGUGCUUGGAAGGAGUCCAUUAUUCCGGGCGAUGGCCAGGUCGUUGGGCCGGCGUACCUGCCGGGGGGUGUUCGGGGUCCGCCGUAUCGAUGA